AUGGCGCCCAAAGAAUACCGGAAGCCUCCUCAGGCGCCGCCUAGCUUCAUAGCUACCCCGACCUCCCUGGUGGAGGAUGCGAAGAGCAUCUGUGACCGCACACGCAAGCUGCUCGACAAGAUCGCUGCAGAUGUCACGCCCGAGACUGCCACCUUUGCCAACGUCAUUCUUCCUAUGGCAGAGGAUGAGAAUGCGGCGGCUCUUGAGACCAGAAUUAUUGGCUUCUAUCAGGCUGUCUCCACGGACCAGGCCCUGCGUGAUGCCUCGUCCAAGGCAGAGGAGAUCAUGGACGAGUUCGGCAUUGAGGCGUCGAUGCGCGAGGAUAUCUUUAAGCUUGUUGAUGCUGCGUUUGCCAAAUCCGAGGAUCUGGAUCUCGAGAGCAAGCGACUGCUGGAGAAGGAGCGGAAGAGCUAUAUCACGAAUGGGCUGAACAUCCCUGCCGGUCCACAGAGAGACCGCUUCAAGGAGAUUAAGAAGCGUCUUUCGCAGAUCCAAAUAGAGUUCCAGAAGAAUCUGAAUGAGGAGAGUGGAGGCAUCUGGUUUACGAAGGAGGAGCUGGAAGGUGUCCCGGAAGAUACCUUAUCGACUUUUGAGAAGGGUACGGGAGAGAAUGAGGGCAAGUUGAGACUUACGUUCAAGUACCCGGAUCUGUUCCCGACGUUGAAGUUUGCGUUGAAUGCGGAAACAAGGAAGAAGGUGUUUAUUGAUAAUGAGAAUAAGUGCAACCAAAAUGUGCCACUCUUCAAGGAAGCUAUUAUUCUCAGAGAUGAGGCUGCUAGACUUCUCGGCUACAAAGAUCACGCCUCAUUUAGGGUCGAGGACAAAAUGGUCAAGACACCCGAGACGGUCAAUGAGUUCCUAGACGACUUGAGAGUCCAGUUAACUCCCGGGGGAAAGAAGGAGAUCGAACAUCUACUAGAGAUAAAGAGCGCAGAUCUAAAGUCGAGAGGCUUGGAGUCAUCAUAUGACGGCAACUUUUAUCUUUGGGACUCACGUUUUUAUCAGCGCAUGAUGGUCGAGAAGGAAUUCUCUAUCGAUGAGCAGAAGGUUGCUGAGUAUUUCCCUCUUCAGCAUACCGUUGAGGGCAUGCUUGGUAUUUUUGAAGAACUUUUCGGGAUGGUUUUUGUUGAGAUAGACGGGGAAGAACGAACUAAAAUAUCAGAAACUGGAAAGGGGGCAGAUAUUGAAUGGCAUGAGGAUGUGAAAAUCUUCAGUGUUUGGGAUGAUGAGGGAGAAGGCGGAGCCUUUGUCGGUUAUCUCUAUCUUGACCUACAUCCUCGUCCAGGCAAGUAUGGCCAUGCAGCAAACUUCUCUCUUCAACCCGGCUACCUCUACCCCAACGGCACUCGUCGGUACCCCGCCACAGCCCUGGUUUGUAAUUUUUCCAAGCCUACACCGACAAAGCCAUCUCUUCUCAAGCACGACGAAGUCGUUACCCUUUUCCACGAGCUAGGUCACGGCAUUCAUGAUCUAGCUGCACGGACGAAAUAUGCCCGCUUCCAUGGUACAUCGGUCGUUCGUGAUUUUGUAGAAGCACCCAGCCAAAUGCUCGAAAACUGGUGCUGGACUCCAUCCCAGCUAAAGGCACUCAGCACCCACUACGUAACUGGCGAGAAAAUUCCAGAUGAUCUCAUUGAGAAACAAAUCAGCGUUAAGCAUGUGAACGAUGCCAUUUUCAAUCUUCGCCAGCUGCACUUCGGCAUUUUCGACAUGACGGUCCACACGCCCAAGUCCCAUGAGGAAGCAGAAGGGUUCAAGCUGUCAGAAUUAUACAAUGAUCUCCGCACCCAAAUUGCCGCCAUCAAGGGCCCCGAAGCGCUCGGACUCCCCAGUAAUUGGGGCAAUGGCCAGGCAACCUUCGGUCAUCUGAUCGGCGGCUAUGAUGCCGGGUAUUACGGAUACCUCUCUAGUCAAGUCUAUAGCACAGAUAUGUUCUAUAGCGUUUUCAAGAAGAAUCCAAUGGAUGGAAAAGAGGGGAGACGAUAUCGACACAUGGUACUGGAGAAGGGUGGUGCGCAAGAAGAGAUGAAGACCCUCGAGGAUUUCUUGGGACGGAAGCCAAGUACGGAGGCUUUCUACCGGGAGCUGGGACUAAAGGCAAAGUGA